AUGUCCGCAGAAACCGGCGCUGAUUCUGCGCCCAACCUGAACCUGACGCCCGAGGAGAAGCGAGUCUAUGGCGAUCUCUUCAAGCAGGCCGACCCCGAAAACCUCCGCGUCGUCACCGGUGAUGCUGCCGUUACAUUCUUCGACAAGACCCGACUCGACUCUCGAGUCCUCGGAGAGAUAUGGCAAAUCGCAGACAAGGAGAACCGCGGGUUCCUGACCCCCGUUGGGUUUGGUAUCGUACUGCGUCUCAUUGCCCAUGCCCAGGCCGGUCGCGAACCUCGGCCGGAUCUGGCCUUUCAGCCCGCCCCAUUGCCUCGAUUCGAAGGCAUGCAAGUGCCUGCCGCCGCCGCGUCCCCGACUCUCCAGGCUCAGGGAACUGGCGGCGGCGUCCGGAUCCCUCCCCUGACGCCGGACAAGGUGGCUCAGUAUACCAGCUUGUUUGAGCGGCAGUCACUGCAGGGAAACAUGCUUGCGGGUGACCAGGCCCGGCAGAUCUUUGACAAGUCGGGAAUGCCAAACGAGACGCUCGGGAGAAUAUGGGCGCUGGCAGACACGGAACAGCGCGGCGCACUCGUCCUGGCCGAGUUCAUCAUCGCCAUGCACCUGCUCACGUCAAUGAAAACCGGCGCCCUGCGAGCUCUGCCGACUGUCCUGCCUGCCGGCUUGUACGAGGCCGCCACACAGCGCGGAUCCAUCUCUGGGCCUCGCCAGUCACCGACAAACACAGGGCUUUCUGCCAUUCCCAGGCAGUUAAGCGGAACGGCUCAACCGCGUACGGGGAGCCCCCUUGGGCGGACAUCUCAGUCCGCUGGUGCUGCUGGGAACGAUUGGCUUAUCACCCCAGCCGACAAGGAGCGAUUCGAUCAACUAUAUGCCACUCUCGACAAGACGAAGAAGGGAUUCAUCACGGGCGACGAGGCCGUGCCGUUUUUCAGUCAAUCGAACCUGUCCGAGGAGGUGCUGGCUCAGAUCUGGGAUCUUGCCGACUUCAACAGCCAGGGAACGCUCAACCCUGAAGCUUUUGCCGUCGCCAUGUACUUGAUCAGACAGCAGCGCAGCGGCCGCUCGGCGCCGCUCCCCUCCACACUCCCUGCCAACUUGAUUCCUCCCAGCAUGCGCAGCCAGCCUCGCCCAGCGGCUGCGUCUUCCGCGUUCGACCCGCCGCCCAUGACGCAGGCCCCUCCGCCACAGCCCAAGUCUGCUCUGGAGGACUUGUUCGGCCUCGAUUCGGGCUCCUCUAGCCCAGCGCCAGCUGCGCCAAUACAGACAACCAUGUCCACGGGCGGAUCGAACGCCAACGACCCGUUCGCAGGAGGUUCUGCCGUUCUUUCGCCAUCUUCUCCCGUCCGCGGGAGCGCGCCCACUUCGACUUUCAAGCCCUUCGUUCCCUCUUCCUCUUUUGGGAGGGGCUUGACUGUGCAAACGACAGGUGACAAGCCUGGCGCGAGGCAGUCGGAUGACCUUCUAGACGACCAUGAUCCCGAAGCGAGCAAGAAAAUAUCUGGAGAGACAACGGAGCUAGCCAAUCUUUCGAACCAGAUUGGCUCUCUCUCUAAAGAGAUGCAAGACGUCCAGAGCAAGCGGACCACGAUCCAAAACGACCUCAAUCAGUCCAACUCGCAGAAGCAGAACUUCGAGCAGAGGCUGGCACAGCUGCGAACCCUGUACGAGAAGGAAGCCGAAGACACUCGUGCCCUCGAAGAACAGUUGCGCAAGUCUCGAUCCGAAACACAGAAACUCCAGGGCGAGUGCAUGACGCUCGAAGGCCAAUACCGGGACGCCCAGGCCCAACAUCAACAGACUCUCACCGCAUAUCAAGCAGAUCAGCAAGAGAACACAAAGCUGCGGGAGCGCAUCCGAGUGGUGAAUGGGGAAAUUGCACAGCUCAAGCCUCAGAUUGAGAAGCUGAAAUCGGAUGCCCGGCAGCAGAAGGGGCUCGUCGCCAUUAACAAGAAGCAGCUGGCGACUACGGAGGGAGAACGUGAUAAGCUCAAGACGGAGGCCGAGGACCUGACCAAAGCAAACGAGGAGGCGUCUCGACACAUUGACAGCAGCUCCCCUGUUUCGACAUCUGCCCAGGUCGCGAGCCCGGCACUGUCCAGCUCCAGCGCGAACAACCCCUUCUUCAAGCGAACGGCCAGCACGGAUAUAAUGGGUGCCUUUUCUCCCCCGGCACCCAGGGGCGUUACCGACAAGUCCUUUGACGACGUCUUUGGGCCCUCGUUCCCGCCUGUCCCAACCAGCACCUCGCCGCCACCGGCCAUGGCCUUCAAGCAGCAGAAUACGGGCAACUCCGUCGCAAGCGGUGCUUCGUACAAUACGGCGUCGUCGACACCCCAGAUCAGCCGACAGGGCACGCUGGCUGCAGAGCCCCCAGCCCCCCCAGAGUCGAGGCAAAUCAGCUCUAGCUUCCUGCCCUUCCCUGAUCAUACAGAGUCACUGUCGUCGUCUCGCCAGGUGUCCCCGCCAGCAUCCCGCGCCGAGGGCUCCGUCGCCGGCUCCGCAUCUACGCCCUUGGCUGGAGAGACAGCUAGUACAGGUAAUGCGCAAGCCGCAUCCACCAGCGACAAUGAGGACAAGACCGAACCGUCGAGCCCUGCGCCGGCAUCCGGUGAGGCAAAGGCGGCCAUUGCGGGAGAGAUUGCGCCCAAGACUGCCACUUCUCCUGGCCCAAUGGACUUUGGCAACACCGAUCAGGCGAAGGCCAAGGCCGAUUUCGACAAUGCCUUUGCCGCAUUCACCUCAUCUAACAAGAGCCAAACUUCCAAUGGUGCUGAUGGUGCAAAGGCACAAUCCGCCUUUGACUCGGAGUUCCCGCCAAUCUCGGAGCUCGAGCGCGAUGACGAGUCCGACUCGGAUAGCGAGAGGGGAGGGUUUGACGAUGACUUCACCCCUACGUCGCCAAAGCACAAGGCGGACACGAAGACGGCCGGGCCGGAGCCGACCCCUGAGGCCAAGCAGGUCGACGCAACAGCUGCCAAGGAACCCACAGAGGGACUGAACAGAGUUUCUGAACAGCCCUCCUCGCCAGCCACAAUUACCGAUACAGAUACCCCUGCCGCAAAGCCGGCGCCAACUGCCAAUGACAUCGCCGACGACAUCUUCGGAUCUUCCACCCCGGCACAGGCUCCCCCGAGCUCGGCUCCAACAAACACAGUGGCAAAGGGGGCCUUUGACGACCUAGACGACGACUUCGAGGGCCUCGAGGAUGCCAAGGAGGGCUCGGCGGACGACGACUUUGCCAAUAUAUCUCGGGAUGACUUCAACCCGGUGUUUGACAGCAGCCCCCCGGCCAGCCAGACCAAGAGCGAAUCUACCGCUUUCGGCAACGAGAGCAGUUUCGACUUUGUGCCCUCCCACUCUGCCACCGGGCCAACUGCCGGCGUUGGCGGUGCUCAGCAAAAGGCCGUUGACAGUCACGACUGGGAUGCCAUAUUCGCCGGCCUCGACUCGCCGAGCACCGUCACCCCACCUGGAGUAAGCAAUGCGGGCGCGACGGCUACCGAUGACAAGAAGGAUUCGCGCCCGUCGGCGCCGGGACGUGCUCUUACAGACCAAGGGGAGCACGACGACCCGAUACUCAAGAACCUGACGGGAAUGGGCUACUCUAGGGCCGAUGCAGUUGCGGCACUAGAGAAGUAUGAUUACAACUUGGAAAGAGCUGCAAACUACUUGGCGAGCCAGUCGUAG